AUGCUGUCCUCGAUAUGGAAGCCCGCGGCGCCGCUGCGCAGCACCAAAACCCGUGCGCUCAUCUACUUUGUCUGCGGGAACCCCGGCCUCAUCGGCUUCUACGCCGACUUCCUCGGCGCCCUGCGCAACCUCCUCGACACGUCGCAGUCCACCACGGCCUACGACUUGUACGGCCGCAACCUCCUCGGCUUCUGCGACCGCGAACACGAGCCCUUCUCCCGGGACAACCCUCCGUGGGAUGUCCAGGGCCAAGUGGACGGCAUCUACCAAGACGUCGCCGCGCGCCGCGCCGGCGACAAGCCCUACGACUUUGUCGUCCUCAUGGGCCACUCCAUCGGCGCCUACAUCAGCGUCGACAUCUUCCACAGACACAUCCGGGACCCCAGCCGCGCGCCGCACCUCCGUCUCCGCCAUGGGCUCCUCCUCUUCCCCACCAUUGCGUCGCUUGCGCAGUCCCGGAGCGGCGCGCGCUUCAACUACGUGCGCAGCCUGCCCACCAUGGAGGCGCACCUGGCCACCUAUGCCAAGGCCCUGCUGGGCCUCUUCCCGCGCCGCACGCUGCGCUGGAUCGUCCAAAACGUCGUGGGCUUCUCGCCGCGCGCCGCCGACGUGACCGCCGAGUGGCUCAAGAGCCGCGACGGCGUGCUGCAGGCGCUGCACAUGGGCAAGUCGGAGCUCGACACCAUCUUCGAGGACCCCUGGGACGACGAGCUGUGGGAGGUGUCUGCCUCGGCGCCCGCCCUGCCGGCCCCGAGAUUCUUCAUCUUCUACGGCCGAGAGGACCACUGGGUCGCGAACCACGUCAGGGACGACUUUAUCGAGAGGCGGCGCAGGGCUGGCGAGAAGGCCUGCCGGACGAGCAUCACGGUUGACGAGGGCAACAUCCCGCACGCCUUUUGCACCAAGGAGCGUGAGUGGUCCUUUGUUGACUUGCUUCACGGCCCGGGACGUGUUGCGCUAAUGGUGUGA